CUGCGCUUAGGGUGACCGAUAGCGCCUGCGCACCACCAGCCGCUUUCCUCUCCCUCUCCUUAGUAACGGUACCUUCCCCAUCCGCCUGCUGCGGCAGCCACCCCUUUCAGCCUCCUUUCCGAUUCAGUGUCGCCGCCGCCGCCGCCGCCAGCAUGCAGGGGGAGGACGCCCGGUACCUCAAGAGGAAGGUAAAAGGAGGAAAUAUUGAUGUACACCCAUCAGAAAAGGCACUUAUUGUUCACUAUGAAGUAGAAGCUACAAUCCUUGGGGAGAUGGGAGAUCCUAUGCUGGGAGAGCGCAAGGAGUGUCAAAAAAUCAUUCGACUGAAGAGCCUCAAUGCAAAUACAGACAUUUCUUCCCUGGCUCGGAAGGUGGUGGAGGAAUGCAAACUUAUUCACCCCUCCAAACUAGCAGAGGUAGAACAGUUGCUAUAUUACCUGCAGAACCGCAGAGAUACCUCAUCAGCAAAAGAAAAGAAAGAAAAAUCCAGUAAGCCAAAAGAUCCACCACCUUUUGAAGGCAUGGAGAUUGAUGAAGUAGCCAAUAUCAAUGAUAUGGAUGAAUACAUUGAAUUACUUUAUGAAGAUAUCCCUGAUAAGGUGCGGGGCUCAGCACUCAUUCUGCAGCUGGCCAGAAAUCCUGAUAAUCUGGAAGAACUUCUGCUUAAUGAAACUGCACUGGGAGCUUUGGCCAGAGUUCUACGAGAGGAUUGGAAACAAAGUGUAGAACUUGCUACUAAUAUAAUUUAUAUUUUCUUCUGCUUCUCUAGUUUUUCUCAGUUUCAUGGACUCAUCACACACUACAAAAUUGGAGCUCUCUGCAUGAACAUAAUUGAUCAUGAAUUGAAGAGGCAUGAGCUGUGGCAGGAAGAACUUGCCAAGAAGAAGAAAGCUGUUGAUGAAGAUCCUGAUAAUCAAACCCUGAAAAAGGAAUACGAGAAAACCUUUAAAAAGUAUCAAGGACUUGUUGUCAAGCAAGAGCAGCUUCUUCGAGUUGCCCUUUAUUUGCUGCUGAAUCUUGCGGAGGACACUCGUACUGAGCUGAAGAUGAGAAACAAAAACAUUGUCCACAUGCUGGUGAAAGCUCUGGACAGAGAAAACUUUGAACUGCUGAUACUGGUUGUGUCAUUUCUGAAGAAACUCAGCAUCUUUAUGGAAAACAAAAAUGAUAUGGUUGAAAUGGAUAUUGUUGACAAACUUGUGAAAAUGGUACCAUGUGAACAUGAAGACCUGCUGAACAUCACUCUUCGACUUUUACUGAACCUUUCCUUUGACACAGGCUUGAGAAAUAAGAUGGUACAGGUUGGGCUUCUUCCAAAACUCACUGCAUUGCUGGGAAAUGAAAAUUAUAAACAAGUGGCCAUGUGUAUUCUCUACCAUAUAAGCAUGGAUGAUCGGUUUAAAUCUAUGUUUGCAUACACAGACUGUAUACCUCAGUUAAUGAAGAUGCUAUUUGAGUGUCCUGAUGAACGUGUUGACCUGGAGCUCAUUUCCUUUUGCAUUAAUCUGGCUGCUAACAAGAGGAAUGUGCAACUCAUUUGUGAAGGAAAUGGACUGAAGAUGCUGAUGAAGAGAGCACUGAAAUUCAAAGACCCAUUAUUGAUGAAGAUGAUUAGGAACAUUUCUCAACACGAUGGGCCAACCAAAACUUUGUUUAUUGAUUAUGUUGGUGAUCUAGCUGCCCAGGUAUCUAAUGAUGAAGAAGAGGAAUUUGUGAUAGAGUGCUUAGGAACACUGGCUAAUUUGACCUUGCCUGAUUUGGAUUGGGAACUUGUGCUGAAAGAAUACAAAAUGGUACCAUACCUCAAAGAAAGAUUAAAGCCAGGUUCUGCAGAAGAUGAUCUUGUUUUGGAAGUGGUGAUAAUGAUUGGCACAGUAUCCAUGGAUGACUCUUGUGCAGCACUGUUAGCUAAAUCUGGGAUUAUUCCAGCACUCAUUGAGCUACUAAAUGCUCAGCAGGAAGAUGACGAGUUUGUGUGCCAAAUCAUCUAUGUGUUUUACCAGAUGGUCUUCCAUCAAGCCACUAGAGAUGUCAUCAUCAAGGAGACUCAGGCUCCAGCAUAUCUUAUCGACCUGAUGCAUGAUAAAAACGCUGAGAUCCGUAAAGUCUGUGACAAUACACUGGAUAUAAUAGCAAUGUUUAAAAGCAUUGGAGAUGAGAUGGAACCUUGGACAUCCCGUAAGCCAUUGGCUGCAUGGUAGAGCAGCACUUUCCCAGCACCACCUGAGAUCUGAUGUGCAGGAAAGGCAGAACCAGCUAAGUACAGAAUGCUGUCCUAGAAAGAUGACACAGGAGGACACCAAUAAUGAAGACAGCUCCAGGAGAAUUAAUAGGGUCAAGCUCCCCCUAUCCAUCUCCUGGCAUUGCACAUCCAUGAGAGUAAUCAAAGCCAUUUCAGUCCCAUAACCAGGUUGGAACUGGAAAGAAUCCAGAAUGUUUCAUUAAGGAGGACUGUAUGUCGGAUAAAAGAAGUGGAAAUAACCCUUAUUAGGUACCAGAUAUGGUUUUACACUGUAAUGUAAAAACUCCACAGUAUUUGUUCACAAUAUAUUUGCGAGUCCAACUUGUCUCUCCAUUUCAUCUGUGCUUGGUUAUACCAAGGCAGAUGAUAAUAGAUCAGUCUAUAGUGAUGGACAAAUUGUGGUUGGAAGCUAUGUGAUGACACCAUUUAGAUAAAGAACCCAAAAAAAUAAAUUUCAGACUAACAGUUUUGUUGAAUACAUGUAAUCCUAAUGGUUUUAGGCAGAUCUUGUCACAGCAGCUGUGAACUUAGUUAAUGAGCAAAGAUGUGAAUGGCUGUAUCGCUUUACAAGUUAAAUGUUGAGUAUCUAACUUACUCCAUAGCAGCUUUAACAAUUUGAACAAUUGUACUGAAUGAAUAAUUACUGUGGAUGAAAACAGAGCUUCAUGUUGUGUUGAAUCAACAAGACCUGCUAGAGUCAACUUGUAUUAAAAGCAAACAAAGCAAAGCAAAUGGCCGUUUGGAGAGAAAAUUCAGAAAGCCAUCCCCCCCCCCCCGGUUCUCUGACUCCCACCUUUCCAGGACAUUCUUACAGUUUUCUUUCAGAGGCAAAAAGAAAGUUGUGUUCUUAUAACACAUAUAUUUCAAGCUACUAGGGCAGAGCAUCAGGGUCACACACAUAUUUAUCUAUUAAGAAGGUCGAGCCCCAGCAGUUCUCUCACAUCAUUUUAUGGCAUUUCCUUCUAACAUCCUGUCAGCAUAUUUCAAUGCCACUCUCCUCAUCACCCCCUUCGUACUUGCAAAGUCUUGACCAAAGUUGGGACCUACAAAUCUUUAUUCCACAAUUCCCCCCUUUUGAGCUUUUCUAGCUCAACCUCAUCUCAAACUUCAAUUUGCAUUAAAUUAUUGAUUUCAUUCUCCUCAUAUUCUUUCAUUUCUAUAAUCUCAUACAUGUUAAGCACUUCCUGUUUUUGUUCCAAGUUCAAAGGCUUUUGCAUUUGUUUCAUGGUAAAACUUAAGCAGCAUUGCACAAGCAUUAUGAUAGUAUAAAUUCCAAAUAAUAUAGCAAGCAAUAUCAAUAAGCCAUGUAUUAUUGUAGAGCCAAGUGAUCCAAAAAUGGAACUGAACCAAGACUAUAAAUCCCAUUUGUCUAUGUCACAGAACUUAGCAGCUUUGCUUAUUAUGUGUUCAGCCUGUUGAAACACUUCAAUGGUUUUCUCUGGGUUAUGCAUGCAGCAUUCAGUACCUUGGGUGCCUGUUGCCAUGGAGCUGCAGUAACUAGGAACCAGGCCUGGUCCCCUCAGGCUGUCCAGGCCUGAACAGGAGCAGCCAGACUAGUCCGGAGAAUAGAAGCCACUCGGCGACAGGCCACACCCACUUCGGGAAGUAGGAUCUAGGCAGAAGGCUUCUUCUUUUCUCAGAAGUGAUACCUUGUCUGCCGAACAGGUUCAGCUGCAUCUUGAAAUGGCAAAUCCUCUUCACUAGUGAGCGCUUGGCUUACCACUGGGAUUGCUUUGAGGGCAUUAUUAUGGCCCUUUGCUGAAGGUUCCUUCUCUAAUCGGCUCCCCUGCUGACCAGCACUAGGCUCACUACCAGACUGUGAAGGCUUUUAGUAUCCCUCCAAAAAGGGGGACAGAAGCAGGAAGAAAGCUGUCAAAACAAGGAAGAAUGGAACAGACCAAAAUCAGGAACAAAGUCAAAAGUCGUCUUCUUCAGGACCAAGGUGUCGGGGGGAGGGAGCUGACUGGUGCUGCUACUGGAGUCAUCAGGUUGGUAGUGAAGUCUUCUUGCAGUGUGAUGUGUGAAUCCAUGCCUGGAGUCCUUGGCACUUUACAGCAGUGUUGUUGGUCAGCAGUACCUGGAAGGGGCCUUUCCAGUGAGAUUCCAGUGAAGACUUCCU